UUUCGAUUAAAUGCACUGAUUUCUACAUAUACUGAUCAUGGAUCUUCUGUGGCGUGCAGCAAUUCUCAAUCUUGUGAGCAGUGGUCUGUCAGUCAUCGGUGGAAUUCUUAUUUUUAUCGAAUACAGCAUUAAUUUCCAACACAAUCGACUAGCCACGAUGUUCGUGUUCAUGACGAUUGGUGACGUUAUGUAUGCCGCAGGUUACAUUGUGGGGAAUAUGAGAUAUCAUGACCUGUAUGUACAUGUGGAAACCAACGCCUAUGUGAUUGGUACUGAUUGCAAAUGCAAUACAGUGUCAGAUGAUGCCAGCAGCGGCCUGCUCUGCAAGGGUCAAAGCUUUGUUACGACGUACGCAAGUCUGGUGUCGUUUGCUUGGACCUGUAAUUUACUUAUCACUUUAUAUUUAUACUACAGAGGCCAUGACAGACCAUCACGGUUAAGGGAGUGGAUUAUGCACAUUGUCGGAUGGAUUUUGCCAGAUCUCUGUGUAGUUGUCAUUAUCGCUGUAUCAGUCGGAGCCCUGGGUGAAGACAAAGGAGAUUAUGGCGUUCCAUGGUGCUGGGUGCGGAACGUUACAUCCAAAGGCGAAAAAAUUUUGUGGACGCUUUUGGCGGGGAAAUUCUGGGAAAUUUUGACCUACAUCAUUACGUUCGUCAUAUUUGUCCUCUGCAUGAAACAUACAAGUUGUAACAGAAUUAAAGCAGAUAAGGAACAUGUAGAUGACCAGUCAUUGAGGAUCCAGAGAUUUCCCUAUGCGUGUAUAAUUUUGUUGAGCGUCCGUUGCUUCGGCACAGUCCGUUUUUUCUUGUAUGUGUUUGAUGCGCAAGUUAGCGAUACAUCACAUGAAUGGUUGUUGAAUUUACAAAGUAUUGGAGAUGGCAGUUUGGCGUUUGUGAAUUUUGUAUUCUAUUUGUUCACUAACCCCCCUGUCGUACGAGAAUAUUGGGGGCGAAUCCGAUGCUGCAAAAGGGAAAGGUCUGGUUCACUAAUUAAUCCUAAUAUAAUAGAGGAUAAUUCAAAAUGAUUAGUUAUAUCAUAAAAAUAGACAUAUGAAAAUUAUUAGAAUUGAAUAGAAAGUAAAAGAAAUAAAGGAAUUCAACUCUCAACUUUCAGCUAUGGUAACAAAACCACAAACGUAAUAUUGUACCUGAAUACAUAGUAUAUCGAUAAAAAUUCAGCUGGUUACCCGCAUGAACCUGAACUUUUGUUCAGAAGUAGAGGCUAUUGCUGUUUUCCAAAAAUAAACUGUUAUGUGAUAUUCAACCGACGUCAUGGGAAAUUAUCAUAAAGAUAAUUUACGGUAAUUUAUGGUAUCUCAGUCAUAGUUAACAUAUAAGUAGUAUCGUUUCGGUGUUUAACCGUAACAAGUGUAAUGAUACCUGUGAAUUUGAGGUGUAAUUUCACCCCAUUAUUAUAGUGCAUUUCAGUAUGGAAGCCCUUACCUAGUUGCGUGGUGCAUCAUUCGGAAGAUUAACUAAAGUUUCACUGUAGUAUGUACAUGGUGGCGUCACAAAAUGAGUUAUUAUAGUCAUUUUUUGAAAUUUGGAUUCAAAACAGCUGGAAUUGUAAAUGCAGAUUUUUUUUUUUCAAAAUGGUAAAUGUAGAGCACAGCCUGUAAUUUGAAAUUUUACAUUGAAUGGUAUUUGUUGUGUAAUACAUUGCACUUGAUUCACACUUGUAACCUAGACAGGAUCCUUUACGUUCUAUUUUUAGAAUUGUUUGUCAGAGUUGAAUAGAAAGAUGGCAUACCACUUCUUUUGCCAUAACGCCGUACGUUAUAGAAAAGAAAGACUGAAAUUUUCGGGUAUCAAGAGUUUUGCAGAAAGAAAUUUUCAAAACAUACGAUUUUCCAAAACAAAUGAGUGAACUUGCUAAAAUAACUACAGAACAGACCUACCAGGACUGAAUGUAGCUGCUAAAUUAUUCAGCUAGUUCCGAAAUAUUUUCGACACGUUGAGGAAAUCGCAGAAAAUUUUAAAUGGUCUCGAUAUAUUUGGUCCACUGUGUUACAAAGUGCAUUGAUUGGCAAAAAGCCUGAGGUAUUCUCAGCGUUGGUCAUAUCUGAUAGUUCAGGUUAUGCCAAGGUCAAGGCCACGAUCUUAAAAGCUUAUGAAUUAGUGCUGGACGUGUAAAGAAAAAUUCAGAAAGUACAAAAUAUAUUGUAAAGACCAUAAUUAAGACCCUUACAUGUACCAAGCUUUUCAGUAAAGGAUAAAGUCCGGAAACUGUCCAUUCUCUGAAAGAAAAAACAGUUUGAGGCCCGAAGGGCAUAGCGUCUAUCUUUCAUCUAAAAAAUGACGUUACAAUA